UCAUAAACAUAUUCCUGUUCUGUCUCAUCAAGCGUCAACGAUAGAUGAGAGUGGUGGGGAUGAAAAAUUGAGGGUCAUCAAACAUAGUGUCAUUCAUUGCCACUAAGUGAUCAACAUUCAAAUGACAGUGCAACGAGAACGCAGAACUUGCACCCAGCCAAGAAACAACAGAGAACCGAAAUCAUCGCUUAGCAUCCACAACAUAAGCAUUCAACGCAUUCGAUACAGCAUUCGCAGGCCUCCUCGCAAAGGAAACAGCAGCACAUGGCCAUCAGACUGGAACCAAUCAGUACAUAUCAUUCACUCAGAGGCGGGGAGUCAAACCAAGCAGUCAAACAUCCACGAUCCUUCUUCUCCUCUUGAGGCGGGCUUGGUAUUGCAUCUGAAGGUUCAGUAUGGUCCGUUGCUGUUUGGCAGUGUACGACUCCUACCUGGGGCGGAUAUGGCUGCGGAGGUGGGUAUUGCCCCUGAGGGGGAGGGUAACUAUCAAGUCAUUCGUCAGAACAAACUCUAUCGAGAAGGUGAGUUGCAGUGGCUGAGUACAUACUAUCCUUGUUGUGGUUGCUGUGGAUAGGACAUCUUGUAUAGGAUAGAACAAUCAAAGGAACGCUUGUUGAGUCAGGUUGCUAGCGACCAGCGACUUCAAGAGUAUAUGAAUCUGUGAAAUCUAGCAAGGGAUCAGGCAGAAGGAAUAAAUCCCCAGCGCAUCGCCGGGGCUGCAGCUGGAUG